AUGGAAGUUGAUGAUGUUGGACCGGUGACCACCCUUAGUGAAAACAAAAAGCGUUUUGAGAUCAAGAAGUGGUAUGCUGUUGCGUUGUGGGCUUGGGAUAUUGUCGUUGAUAACUGUGCUAUUUGUCGAAAUCACAUAAUGGAUCUAUGCAUCGAAUGUCAAGCUAAUCAUGCCUCAGCUACAAGUGAAGAGUGUACUGUAGCUUGGGGUGUCUGUAAUCAUGCUUUUCACUUUCACUGUAUAUCUCGAUGGCUGAAAACAAGACAGGUCUGUCCUUUGGAUAAUCGUGAAUGGGAAUUACAGAAGCUACAUUUUAGACGUAUGGGAAACCGGUGCUGUGGUCUCUGUCCCAAUUCGCGACGUGAUGAAGAAGAGGAUACUGAACGACAGCGGUUGGUUCCAAGUCCUCAGCUUUCGUAUGAUGGUACACAACUGCCUUAUGGAAGUUUCAUUUCACCAGAUCAUAUUGCAAGUGAACCUCAGUCUGAUAUUACCACCAUGAUGACAGAUAUCAUAAAAGUUGUUGAAAAUCAAGUGGUAGAUGCUGGAGCAACAGAUUAUAAUCCUCUGGAUUCACAGGAACAUAUUGAGCGAUCAAGAUACUAUGCAGAAAAUAUUGCUCGAAAACCAUUAGGCCCUCCACCUUUACCAGUUCUUUUACCAAGAACUUUUGGAAAUCCUGCUACAAUCAUAGAUGCACCUUUAAUUGAUGCUGCUGAAAUCAAUGAAAUAAGAAAACUUGCAAAAGAAAAUGCAGAACUAGUGCGUGAAAUGAGCAGUCAAGAAAAAGACGACCUAAUUGCUCAUUUCAAUCAAGUUUAG